AGCAAAAGGAUCUUUUCCGAUGUUGAUUCAACUAUUGCGCAACGCCCAGUUGCUGUUGAAGCAAAACGUGACGAAUGCCAAUCAUACUGUGCAGCACACAAUUUCAUCUCCUCGUUCAGGAAUCUAUCAAUGUAUCGCUAGAAAUGAGUAUGGCAGCAAACAAUCAUCACUCUACGCAACAGUAUCAGGUGUUGUUCCAACUGUUUCUGUUACAAGUCGCUCAUCAACAACGGCAGAUAAAUCUCCAUCGAUGCCACAAUCUACUGACUACGUGACUAUAUCACAGUCAAUUCCUCGAGCGCCAAGUACGUCAACUAGUUCCUCAUAUUCGUCUCAACUUACGAAUGCAACAUCUCAUAAUGUGCAAUCUACUUCUGGAAUGAAGUCUCCUAGAGUUACUAGUGCUCCAGUUACCGUCACACAAGCUAAUGCGUCAUCCGUGUCUCUAUCUAGUAGUUCUUCAACUCUCAACCUUCCUACCACUUCGACACUACGCACCAGCUCGUCUUCUCAACGAUCAGAUCUUAUACCAACGACAUCAACCGUUUUGCCAACGUCUCAAACCGCAUCACCUCCAUCCCAUCAUACAAACACUCCUUCCUCAUCAGGUGCAUCAAAGUCCCCUAGUGGAAAAGUGACGAAUGCAGCGACUACUGGAGAUGCAAGUAAAAGUACAACUAGGCCAGCAACAAAAACAAAGACACCAACACCUGCAAAAGAGUCUGACGGUCUACCAAUUGCAGUAGUUGUUGGUGGAGCUGCAGGUGGAGUCGUUGUCCUAAUUGUCUUUCUAAUCAUUAUCAUCGUCACUUGCUAUCGACGUAAACAAAGUUUUGCACUCGAGGAAGAUAAGCAACGGUCUCCAGUAGCAAGUGCUACCACAAUCGACAAUCCCACCUACUGGACAGCAACAACAAAUAGAGAAAAACUGAAACAAAGUCAUGUCGACAGCAGUGGAGAAACAGCUGCAUCCUCCUCAUGCGAAGAUAUUAACAAACCGACGGCUAUUGUUUCACCCGUGCAACGCUCCACUGCGACCGAAGACAACGGUAUAAGAAAAGAAGAUCAAUAUGAUGUUUUGGACCGAAAAGCAGAUGAUGAAGUGAUUGUUACAAAACAUGACGGUCUAGACAAACGUUACUCAAAGCUAGAAUACAGCAAAUACAACGUGUGUGAUCGAAAGAGGCAUGAAAUUCCUGUUACAACAGGAGGCGUUCCAUUAGGGGGUUACUCUGUAGUUAAGCGAAUGUCGGACAAGAGGCAGAAGAAUGCUGAUAGCAGUCGUUCAGAUGGUCAAUAUGAGAAAGCAGUGAUAAGUGGAGCUUACGAACUCGUUGGCAGAGCAAAGAAUCCUUCAUCAAACGUCCAAACACAAAGCGAUCUUGAAGAAGAUACCCCGUAUGCGGUACCAGACAAACCGAAACAAGCAGUAAGUGCGCAUUUGUCUGCGUCUUCUACGGAUGGUAGGCACUCUGAAGUUACUGCCAAAAAGCCAAAACAGCUCACACAACGUUUGUCUACAACAUCUGCAAGUGAACCAUAUGAAGAAGUCGUGCAGUCAGGUAGUACUAAAGAAGAAAAUCCUUACUCUCUACCGAGUGAUCACAAAGCUAAGGCUCGUAAGAAUACCGUGUCACCAAAAACUGAGUAUUCCUACGCCAAGCCUGAUUCCAAACGAGCAACGACGGUCGAAAGUGACCGCUUAGUGAUAGGAGAGGUCACGACAACAAAACAAGACGAUGAAGAAAGGCCACAAGGAAAUAGUGAAAAUCCCUAUGCUGCACCAGAUGAAGUAAAGCACAAGAACGCCAGAAGUGUUACACUCCCCAGUGAGUACUUCUAUGCGAAGCCCAAUGUCAAGAGAGAAAUGGAGAUAUCAGGUGACCGUUUGCUGACCAGAGCAGCAACAAUGAUGGCACAACAAGACGACACAGGCAGCAAACCAAAUGACAAGAACGAUGAGAAUCCAUAUGGUUUACCAGAUGAGAACAAAACGAGGACGACUCGCAAUGCUCCUCCAUCACUACCUCCACCAAAUGCACAAGAUUCUCGCACCCAACCAGAACAAUACGAUCAGUCUAACGCAGACAUAUCUGCUGGUAAAAGUGAUUCAUCUAUCUCUCCCAGCCAAUUCACUGCAGUAAAAGACACAUACGCAGUUGCCAAUAAACAAUCUAAGAAGAAACAGUCGACCGUGUCACACAUGUCAGUUGGUGACAGUGAAUACGCUGUUGCCAACAUACAAGCAAAAAGGAAACAGUCGACAGUCUCACACAUGUCGGUUGGUGACAGUGAAUACGCUGUUGCCAACAUACAAGCCAAGAAAAAGCAAUCAACAGUCUCACUUAGAUCAUUUGGUGACAGUGAAUAUGCUGUAUCGAGCAAGCUACCAUCAGGAAGUCCAAAAUCAAACCGAAAACCUGCAGUCGCAUCCAAACCAAAGCAUUACCAGACGGAAGGGACCGAAUAUGCUGUAUCCGCAAAGUCUCGCUCUUUGCCUCGCAAUGCGAUGAAUGCAACUGCUUCAUCGGUUCAAAAGAACGGAAAUUCUGACGUGAAGUAUACAGACGUGGAGAUUACAUCGUCGGAAACGAAGCGACACGUGACGUCUGAAGGAAACGUGGAGUACGCCACUAUUGACCAUACCAAGCACUGAAACAUUUAGUUAAUACAUUGACAUAAAUGCAGCUCUACUUGCACUCCAGUGCAAUAACUUUUCUAAAUUCUUGCUUUUUGUAUCGUAUAUAUUGCUCUGUUUAUCGUAUAUAUGUUGCUUUUGUCUGUUUAUAUACAAUCGUUACUAAUCAUUGUAUUACAAUCA